AUGAUUCGAAGUGUUUUGGGACUUUCAGCGAUUAUAAUAUUGGUUAAAUGCCAAGCAGAUCCGUUUGCCGAUUUCCAAGCAACACGGGAAAAAGAAAAUGAGAUGAUUUUGAGCACCAGAGGUACGAAUUUCUAUACUGAAGAUAUUUUGAUAUUGAAGAAAUAUCAUUGAAAAUAAUUUUUUAAAUUUUUUUUGAAAGAAAAUGUUUGAAAAUAUUAUAAAUCUAAAAAAUUUGUAGGAUUUGCUUACAUCACCGCCACCUUCAUUUUCUUCGUUCUCGCAAUUCUUGUUUAUUUCCACGUGGCCGCCGUUCGCCGUGCUCGUUUAAUGGAACAAUAUGCCGAACAGUAAGUUAUCACUUUUUUGUUUUUCAAUGUCUCAGACAGAAUAAAGUAACCUUUGAUCAUUUGGUUAUCAACAAGGAACAUGAAUAUAAAUUGUAGUACGGUUCUAUCGAUUUUUCAUGUUUGUUGUCAAUGUCAACAAGAAAGAAAGAGUUGUUUAUCUUUGAAACGUAACAUAUGAGUUUUAACUAUAGUUUAGGGGAAAGAAGGCUGACAUGAGAGAGAGAAAGAGGAAAUUAAGGAUUAUUGAUUCAGAAAAAAGUUAGUUACUAGAACUUAUUGAAAAAUGCUGACAUGUCAUAUUUUUCGAUAAGUUCAAAUUUUUCUCUAGUUAUCAAAUUUCAUAGUGUGUAAUUCAUUAGCCAAACUGUUAGAUCUUCUGGUAGAUCAAAAAGGUAACCUUUGCUGUCAAGAUUAUAAAAAAUAAUUUUCCAAAAAUAAAAUUUGAGGCGCUAUGAUUCAAGAAAAUUAGCUAUGCAAUUUUUAUAAAAUAUACCAAACCCAAUAAAAUCGAAAAGUGUGUUUGUAGUUUUCAAACCCUUUCAACUCAAUCUCUCUAAUUUUAAGAUUUCAGCGGAAUUUUCGCUGAAUGGUCACCACUUCUAAUCGAUAACAAGCAUAUUCAACCACCGCCACCAUAUGAGCAAGUUGUUUGA